AUGGAAAAUGGGUGUGAUGGUUGUUUGGAGCAAGAGAGAAUUGCUCUGCUUCAAUUUAAAGCUUCUUUCAACCUCCAAAAUAGGAGUGACUAUAAUAUAGACAAUGAUCCCUUCCUGGACUGGGAGGACGAAGGAAUCACUGACUGUUGUGACUGGGAUCGUGUUGAGUGCCACAACACCACACGUCGCGUACUCAAACUUGGGCUUCAAUAUAUGUCCUUGACAGAUUGGUCCUAUCUAAACACCUCCUUGUUUCUUCCCUUCGAAUCACUCACAAGUCUAGACUUGAGUGUGAACUCUUUGCAUGGAUGUGUUGAGAACCAAGGUUUCGAAAAACUAUCCACGUUGAAAAAUCUACAAUUCCUUGGCCUGAAUAGUAAUGGAUUCAAUAAUAGCAUUCUGUCAUCUCUGUAUCAGCUUUCGACUCUGAAGACCCUGGAUCUAAGCAACAACAAAUUAGAUGGCACAAUUCAUAUUCAAGGUUUGAACAACAUCAAGGAGCUAUACAUAAAUGGAAACAAGCUGGAUGGUAUCAUCAGCAAUCAAGGUCUUGAGGGAGCUCAAAAUUUGAACAGCUUAGAGGUCCUUGAUAUGAGCUAUAAUGAAUUCGACAAUAACAUCUGGUCUGCUCAAGGGCUGUGUGAAUUGAGAAGUCUUCAAGAGCUUGACCUCAUGAGUAACAGAUUGGAGGGUCCCUUGCCUGGUUGCUUGGCAAACUUGACGUCCCUUCGGCUUUUGGAUAUCUCUUCCAAUCGCUUUACAGGAAAUAUUAACAAGUCAUCUCCACUUGUGCAUUUGACAUCUCUUGAAUACCUUGCCCUCUCAAGAAACGACUUCCAAGUCCCAAUCUCGUUUUCACCAUUCUUCAACCACUCAAAACUCAAGUUCAUUGAAAGCCUACACAAUGAAUUGUUGGAAGAUGAAACGAAUUUUGAGACCAUGGCACCCAGUUUCCAACUUACUGGAAUUCGUUUAUCUGACCAUGCAUUCGGCAAUGUUAGUAGUACUACUGGAGCCUUUCCCAACUUCCUCUACAACCAGAAGAACCUCCAAGGUGUUCAACUCUCUCGAAUUAACUUCAAAGGCGGUAAGUUUCCAAGUUGGUUGUUAGAGAAUAAUACGGGAUUAGCCGUACUUCUUCUACCAGAUAAUUCACUCACUGGACAUUUUCAAUUGCCGCCCUUCCAUCCUAAGACUGGGCUUCUAGCAUUAGAUAUCUCCAACAAUCACUUUCAUGGCCACAUUCCAGACAACAUUUCUAUGGUUUUUCCAAGUUUAAAAUACUUAAACGUGUCUGGAAAUGGCUUUGGAGGUAGCAUUCCCUCUUCAUUAGGUGAUUUGUCUUCAUUGGAAACUCUCGACUUAUCCAAUAAUCAACUGUCUCAGGGGAUACCGGAGCACUUGACCACGGGUUGCGUCUCCCUGUCAUUGUUGAAACUAUCGAAUAACAAUUUGCAAGGCCCAAUAUUGCCAUCAAAAAAUAACCUGACAUUACUUAGUUUUUUGUGUCUGGACCGCAAUCGCUUCACAGAGAUCUCAGGUAGCUUGUCCAACUCUCCUUAUUUGUUUACUUUGAAUAUGAGUCAGAAUCAUUUGUCAGGGAAGCUACCUGGGUGGAUAGCAAGUGUGUUACAAAAUCCAAUGGUGAUUGAUAUGUCCAAUAAUCAUUUCGAAGGUCCAAUUCCAACUGAAUUUUGUCAGCUUGGUAGUCUUGAUGAGGUUCUUGAGGUGUUUGACCUCUCUGGAAAUAAUAUUACCGGGACUAUUCCUUCUUGCUCCAGCCCCCCACAUAUAAGACAUGUCCAUCUCUCUAAAAAUAGGCUACAAGGACCAUUGCCGCACGCAUUUUUUAACAGCAGUUCAACAGUGACCAUAGAUCUUUCCCAUAAUAACUUAACAGGUCGUAUUCCAAGCUGGAUUGGAACCCUUUCUAGUCUGAGCAUUCUUCUCUUGAAAAAUAAUCAUUUCGAAGGUGGGAUUCCAAUCAGUUUAUGCCAGCUGUCCCAAUUAAGCUUGAUUGAUCUCUCUUAUAACUACUUUUCUGGCUACAUUCCUCCUUGCUUGGCUAACAUCACUUUUGAAGGAAUACCUAGUAGAACUUUUGUGAUAAAUAUUGGAAUAGGUCCAUUUGCCUUUUACACGUCAAUUAUAGAGGACAUGAAAAUGUUGUCAAAAACAAAGAAUGACUUUUUUGAGGAGGAUUCACGUGGUUUUAGCCCACAAGUUCAAGUAGCUUUCACAACAAAAGGAAUGUCUCGCCCUUACAAGGGAAUCAAUCUUGAUCUUUUCUCGGCAAUUGAUUUUUCCUGCAACAAGUUGACCGGCCACAUCCCACAAGAAGUUGGAAAUUUAGACCAAAUCAGAGAGCUCAACCUGUCUCACAAUGGCCUAAGUGGAACCAUCCCAACGACCUUCUCAAACCUACACAAGAUAGAGAGCUUAGACCUCUCCUUUAACAAUUUGAGCGGAAAAAUACCUUCACAGCUCACUGAGUUAUACUCUCUGAACAAGCUCAAUUUAUCGUACAAUUACUUAUCCGGUAGCAUACCUCAAGGUCAAAGAUCUGUCCAAUUUGAUACAUUUGAUAACAGUAGCUACAUGGGAAAUCCAUUACUUUGUGGACCACCACUUUCAACAACUUGCAACGCCAUUGAGCCACCAAGAGUCGUCAUGAAUAGCAGUGAAGUGGAUUAUGGCUUCAUGGACAUGGAAUCUUUCUAUGUGAGCUUUGCAGUGUCCUAUGUAACUCUGUUCUUAGGGAUUGCAGCUGUUUUUUACAUCAAUCCCUACUGGAGAAAGGCAUGGAUUCAUCUAGUUGAGGUGUGCGUCACCUCUUGCUACUACUUUGUUGUGGACAAUUUUCGAAAAGUAUUUUUUCAGAGAUAA